AUGUCAAUUGGUUUGCAGCCGAUGGAUACACAUGUAAUGUUGAUAUGUUGUUACGGUAAUACAAAUGCCGUUGUCAAUUUGGAAGCCCCAUUCCGAUUUCAGGACUUGGUGAAUCAUGUUUACGAAAAAUUCUUUGGACUCACACCUGCCAAUCUGUGUUAUUUCUUUAAAAUGCCAGGUUACAAUAACUUCACCUUACAGAAUGAUGUCGAUAUGCAGAACAUGAUAUCUCUUGCUCAAUCUUUUCAGGUGCAAUGCAUUGAUGUUAUCAUUGAGGUACCACGUGUGGGAUAUUUAGAAAAUGUUCACUAUCCCAAAAACAAUGUACACAUUGGUCCAUGUCUGUCGGAUGUGUUGACUGACGAGUCGGAUAUGGAUGACGAACAAGAUUGUUUGGACAAAUAUUGUCCCCACGUCGAUAAGGUUUUUUUGUCUGCUCCAUGGGCGAACGGAAUUCGAAAUGUUGGUCAAAGUUUUGAAGGGGGAGCUGCUGAAUUUCGAACGGUUUUUCGCAAGUAUGCGGUGGAGUGCGGAUUUCGCUUCAAAUAUAUUAAGAUUGAUUAUGUUCGGAUUACAGCAAUAUGCAUGAUGUGCGAAUCGAAGGGAUGUAUGUGGUCCGUACACGCACGUGUUUUACAUGCCAAUGGUUUUUUUUACGUACGUAAGUGGAAUGGCUUGCACACUUGUGGUGUUUCCGUUCGGACACCCAAAAACCUAAGGGCUGGUUCUGACUUAGUGUCUGAUGUCAUUUCUGAACGGGUGCGUGACAAACCCCUCACACGUCCCAUUGAUGUUGUGUACGACUUGAAAAAAGAUUACGGUUUGGAGGUUAACUAUCGGGUUGCCUGGUUAGGUGUCGAAAAAGCCCGUGGUGAAAUGUUCGGUGCACACUCAAUCUCGUUUGACCAAUUACGUUGGUACAGUGAUGCAGUUAUGACUAACAACCCAGGCAGUUAUAUCAACAUUGAGUACGACGAACAACACAACCGUUUCUCAAGGUAUUUCAUAUCAUUCAAAGCAUGUAUUGAUGGUUUCACCCAUUACCGACCAAUGCUUUUUUUGGAUGGGACAUUUCUAAAGGGGAAAUUUAAGGGGAACUUGCUAGCCGCUACAGCGAAAGAUGGCAACCAAGGUCUAUUCCCUUUAGCCAUAGCCAUUGUUGAUUCGAAGAACACUACAAAUUGGGCUUGGUUUUUGGGACACCUCGCAAACGUUGUAAACGGCCAAAGAGAACUAACAUUUUUGUCGGACCGACACACAGGCCUGCUGGAAUCAAUCCCAGCCAUAUUUCCCACAGCACAUCACGCAUUUUGCUUAGAACAUUUGCAACGUAACUUGCAAGACAAAUUACGCUACGUCAACAGUUCAUACCGCGCGUGUUUGUUGUCAAAAUUCCGAUCUUGUGCGUAUGCACCAACAGUUGUUGCAUUCAACGAGAAAUUGGAGGAGUUCAUGAAGGCUAGUCCCAAGGUCGCACCAGCUUUCUUAAAAGAUUUACCGCCACAGUACUGGGCAAAUGUGUAUUUCCGCGGUUCGCGUUAUGGCGAAAUGAGUUCUAAUGCCGUCGAGUCAUUUAACUCAUGGAUACGAGAAGCACGCCACCUCCCAAUCACUCAAUUGGUUGACUGUAUUCGGACCAAGAUUAUGCGACAGAUGUCCAAACGCCGACUCAAGGCGCAAUCGUGGCCUGGUGUAGUUUGCCCGAAGAUGGAAGAUCGGUUAGUUAAAGCAUACAACAAAGGCAGAUCAUGGCUUCUAAGUCAGUCCAACAAUGAGAUUUUCGAGGUCCACUCUUUUCCAUCAGUAAUGGUUGAUGUGGGAAGGCGUACAUGCUCAUGUUUCCAGUGA